GCUCUAACUCUUCCAGCUUCGUAAUGCCAACACAUGGCAGUGCCACGUACAAUCAGUGAAUUGAGGAAUGGAUAGGCAUAAGCUUUUGCCAAAGAAUGGACCCCAAUCCAACUUCUUAACACAGAAUUUUUUUAAAAGCUUGCAGAAUCCAAGCAGAUUAAAGGUUAUGAGAUCUGGGUCUUCAGUUUUGUGAAGACAAUUCAGUGGGUGCAAUGUUCAAUGGGGUGAUUGAAUUGUUUUAACCCAUGAUUUCUUAUGGGCUAGGAACUUAAACCACCUAUUAGGCCUACCAUCCCUUUCAUUGCCCAAGUUGUUCUAUGCGCAGGGUGUGGAUAUGGCAGGAAAACAACAGGUUACAAAAAGUUCAGAACUUUCAAUCUGUGAUUCAUAUUUUGAGAACAUACAGUCCAGAAAGAAGUUGCCAUUUUCAUUACAGGAGACCUUAACUGCUGCAUUUGCAGAGAUUCCAGCUUCAUCAUUCCCACCAGUUCCAGGUGGCAAAGUCAUUGAAAUUUUAGCGGAUUCGUCGGUUGCUGAUGCUGUUAGAAUUUUAUCUGAAUGCAACAUUAUGGCUGCUCCUGUAAAAAAAGUAGAUGCUGGAGACAGUUUGGAUUGGAGAGAUAGGUACCUAGGAAUCAUAGAUUACUCAGCAAUCGUCCUCUGGGUAUUAGAGAGUGCUGAGCUCGCGGCUGUUGCUUUAGCAGCCACUUCUGCAGCAGCUGCUGGCAUAGGUACUGGAGCUGUCGGUGCUCUUGGAGCAGUAGCAUUGGGUUUAACAGGUCCUGUUGCGGUUGCUGGGCUAACUGCUGCUGCAGUAGGUGCUGCUGUAGUUGGUGGUGUUGCUGCAGAAAAAGGAGCUGGAAAAGACGCCUCGACAGCUGCUGACAACUUGGGGCAGGAUUUCUACAAAGUUCUUCUUCAAGAAGAACCCUUCAAGUCAACCACUGUGGGAUCGAUUAUUAAGUCAUACCGCUGGUCUCCUUUUCUUCCAGUCACAACAAACAGUUCAAUGUUGAGCAUCUUACUUCUACUUUCAAAAUAUCGGCUGCGAAAUGUACCUGUGAUCGAGCCAGGGAAACCUGAUAUUCAGAACUUCAUAACUCAAUCUGCAAUUGUUCAAGGUCUGGAGGGAUGCAAGGGAAGAGACUGGUUUGAUUGCAUUGCUGCACAACCUAUUUCAAAUGUAGGCCUUCCUUUUGUGUCUGCUAACGAGGUUGUUAGUGUCCAGAGUGGUGAACUGAUCUUGGAAGCUUUCAAGAAAAUGAAAGAUAACAAAAUUGGUGGUCUUCCUGUAGUAGAGGGACCAAAUAAGAAGAUUAUUGGAAAUCUCAGCAUACGGGACAUCAGACACUUGCUGCUCAAGCCUGAGCUUUUCUCCAAUUUCAGGCAGCAUACCGUUAUGGAUUUCAUGAACAUCAUCGUCUCAACAACCAAAGGAACAGGAAGCGUCAUCCCACCAAUUACCUGCAAGCCUGAUGCAACUCUUGGUAGCUUGAUCCAUGCUCUUUCUUCCAGGUCGGGUCACAGGAUUCAUGUGGUUAACCAAUCUGAAGAAGUUGUGGGCGUGAUUACGCUCAGAGAUGUGAUCUCUUGUUUCGUGUACGAGCCCCCGAACCAUUUCGAUAGCUACUUUUCUUUUUCAACAAAAGAAAUGCUGGAUGAGUGAUGAUUCUGCCAAAAACAUUUACAACUUCAGGAGAUGAAAUUAUCCAAAAUGUAAUAAACCAGACCUGUUUUUAGACAAGAAAAUGGUGAGGGCAAGGUUUUUUCA